AGUCACCAGCAGACGAAUGAAGUGUUGUUGUGACGUCACUAUCAGGCUUUCGUUUUGUUUACCACACACGGGCGUCUUGGCUUUAAGUAAGAAAAACUGGGCUCAUGUAACUUCUUUGUUAAGACAGACCAAAACCACAACAGGAUAACAAGAACAGGUUUACUGCGUAUCUGUGCUGCUGCUUGAACAUUUCCAAGCUAGGUCUUAGUAGCCCUUAGAACCCCCGAGUCCCACACACACACACACACACACACACAGCUUCCUCCACAGCCCAGGACGACUCACCAGCUGACCCAUCUGCUGCCACUACCAGAGACAGAGGCGUCCCAGAUCCCCAUAAGCAAGAACAAGGCUUGAGGUGCUGUCUCACCCUGGCCAGGCACUGCUUCAUACCUCUCACCACUGGCACAGCUGUUACCAGCCUCCUGACUCUCCUCACAAAAUAUGGUGACUACAGAUGAUACAGUGGAAGAAAAGGAGGAGAAGAAGCCUCCAGUGUUCAAAAAUCCAGAAUUUCAGCAUACAGCAUUUCGGAGCAGCAAGAAGAGGGGCUGGAGAAACCUGAAGCAGAUCAUCUCCCUGGAGAGAGCUUACACAUGGCCGCCUGAGGCAGUGCACUACAGCAGUAUUGAUGCUCCACCCUCCUUCACACCAGCAAAGAAAUAUUCUGAUGUUUCUGGCCUUCCAGCAAACUACACAGAUCCUUUAACGAAGCUUAGAUUUGCGGAUUCAUCUGAAUUUUAUCGAGUCCGGGAUCUGCCAAUGGACAUUGUUAAUGGACUGCUGGAGCUACGCAAGGCAAAUAGUAUAGUUGGCUGACAGCUGUUGUGCUUACAAUAUUUGGUUCACAGAUGGCAUGGUCUGUACUUUAAGCAGAGAAACUUCCUGAAAUAAGAGACAGUGUUGAAAGAAAUUCAACAUCCAGGAUAAUUUGAAAUUUUAAUAAAUAUUACUUGGAAUGAAGUCUGUACUGUACCUACAUGUAGAAAGUAUUCCCAAUAAAAUUGCUACUUCUCAUAAGA